AUGCUGGUCUUCCUGCUGUUCGGAGUGCCUCGUGGUCAGAUCUGGUUUACGGAAGCAGGAUCCAUGACGAUGUAUGCCUACCUGCUCCACGCCCCCUUCGCCCAGUGGCCUGGUGCAGCCCUGUCCUACCUGUCCCGCCUGGAUUGGCACCUGUUUGCACUGCCUGCUGCUUUCGAGUAUGCUGGCUUCAUGGUGCUCGCUUGCCUGAUGAACCUUUACUUCGUAGGUCUUGUCUAUGUUCUGACCACGCGGCCGGUGCGAUCGGUUUUCGGCGUCUUGAUCGAGCCAACUUGGAUACUGCGGCUGUUGGACCACCUGUCAGCACCACCACAGAAAGAAGUGGAGUGA